GGGCCUCAUCCUUCGAUUUUCAACACAAGAGAAAAAGAGGAAUUGUUCUUCAGCAACAGAAGCCAUGGAUCACACACUGAAGUGGGGAACACUUCCACCCAAGCGCCCAUACCUCAAGCCCUUUCAGCUCUUGGUGCUGGCCGGUCUUUUUUACUUCUGUUCAGGCGUCAUCCAGGUGACCAAAACAGUGAAAGAAGCAGCAAUGCUAUCCUGUGAUUACAACAUAUCCACUGAAGAACUGAAGAGAGUUCGCAUCUACUGGCAAAAGGAUAAUGAAAUGGUGCUGGCUGUCAUGUCUGGGAAAGUGAAGGUGUGGCCCAAGUACGAGAACCGCACCAUCACUGACGUCACCAAUAACCUCUGCAUUGUGAUCCUGGCUCUGCGCCUGUCGGACAAUGGCACCUACACCUGUGUUAUUCAGAAGGCUGAGAAAGGGUCUUACAAACUGGAGCACCUGACUUCGGUGAAGUUAAUGAUCAGAGCUGACUUCCCUGUCCCUAGUAUAACUGAUAUUGGAAAUCCAUCUCCUAACAUCAGAAGGAUAAUUUGCUCAACCUCUGGAGGUUUUCCAAAGCCUCACCUUUCCUGGUUGGAAAAUGGAGAAGAAUUAAAUGCUACCAAUACAACACUUUCCCAGGAUCCUGAAACUGAGCUCUACACGAUUAGCAGUGAACUGGAUUUCAAUAUGACAAGCAACCACAGCUUCGCGUGUCUUGUCAAGUAUGGAGGCUUAACAGUGUCACAGACCUUCAACUGGCAAAAAUGUAAGUGA